UUCUAAAAUCACUUGCUGAAGGAAGGCGGUUAUUACUUCACGUGCACUGCCGAAGAGUCAUUUAUUGCUCGAGAUUGUUUAGAAAAAUUCUAGAAUAUAAUGAAUAAACGUGUUGCUGGAACACUAUUUGCCGUCACCUCUGCCGCCUUAGGUUCCUAUUAUUAUGGAGGUUAUCAGGAAAGAAAGAAAAUAAGUCAACUGUUGCCUUUACAACAAGCCGAACUCUUGCAUAAGCAUUCUCAAAAGCCAGCAUUUCCAUUAUUUGCCAGCGUCUCAGCUGCCGUACCUGCCACCACUACAGAUGUUAAUCUAACUGCCACACCACAAAGAGUGGGAGAAAUAAUGAAAUAUGGUUUCCCCAGUUUGGAUUCAGUACGUUCCUAUUCCGAUUUUGUUCUUAGCUAUGACCGCAGAAACCGUGUUCCGAACUGGGUAUUUGAACACAUAACAGCAGAAUCGAUAGCUAAAAAUGAGAAUGUUGAUCGCUCGAAAUGUGACUUUAAAGUCGACGAGAGCAUUCAUCCCUAUUUUCAGUCACAAAAUUCUGAUUACCGGCGUUCGGGUUUCGAUCGUGGACAUAUGGCAGCAGCCGGUAAUCACAAACGCCAUCAAAAGCAUUGUGAGGAUACCUUCUAUCUGACGAAUAUGGCACCACAAGUUGGUCAGGGGUUUAAUCGUGAUUCAUGGGAACGUUUGGAGUCCCAUACACGUGCAUUAACGAAAGUCUAUACCAACGUUUAUGUUUGCACGGGUCCAUUGUAUUUACCCAAACAGGAAGACGAUGGCAAAAAAUAUGUAAAAUACCAAGUAAUUGGGAAUAAUAAUGUUGCUGUUCCCACACACUUCUAUAAAGUUAUUGUUGGUGAAACAUCCGAUAAUCAUUUGGAAAUGGAAUCCUAUGUAAUGCCAAAUCAAGUGAUAAGCGAUGAUACGCCAUUAUCAGUGUUCCAGGUGCCACCUGAGUCAGUUGAACGGGCGGCCGGUCUAUUAUUCUUCGACAAAAUCAAUAAGAAACAACUGCGCAAAAUCAAUGGCAAAAAAGUUUAAAACGCAGAAGAUAUUUUUUUCUUGUUUUGUUAUUUAUUAUUGUAUAUGAUUGUGUAAAUUUUUCAUUUUUUUUCAACUCCAGUGCAAAUUAGACUAUUAAGAAUAAAUACAAAUGAUUUUAAACCCCA